UUGAUUGGUUGGGUUGUAGUCUGGGAGCUGGCGAACGCAGGCGAUCUCGAGUGUGUGGUAUUGAUUGAUUGUUUGAUUGGUUGUGUUGCAGGAUGGGAGCUGGCGAACGCAGGCGAUCCCGAGUGUGUGGGAGUGUUCUACGGCGUGGUGGGUCGCCUGGAGGUGGGCAGUGUUGCCAGAUUGGUGCUCAUCAAGAGCACAGCCUGUGUCGGCCGACUGCCGCUGAUUGGCACGGUGCACAAAGUGUGUGCAGUCGCUGUGCUAAACAUUCAGGGCACAGCUGAUGUGUGCGCGGAGCUUGGACUCAGGCCUUGCAAGAAGCACGGAAGAUGCGGCGCAGGCAUAGGACUGACUUCGCAGAUUUCGAAUUUGGCGCCGCUGACGUCACACAGAGAUGGCGGCGGUGGUCAGUUGGCAAAGACUUGGGGCAGCAUCAAGUCAGCCACUAGCUCCAUCAAGAACACCACUCAGCAGGCGGCUGCUCUAGCUACCUCACAGGUGAAAGGCAGCGGUAAUGGCGGCGGAGGGGCGACGGCGGCUAAAAACAGUACAGCCGAACGCCAUGAGCGACGCAUACUAGACGAAGUACAGCGCAUGUUCGCCGACACCGACUCGUUCUACUUCAGCGUGGUGGGGGGUGCAGGGGGGCAGCCGGGGGACCUCACCAACAGCAUGCAGCGGCAGGGGGGUCGCGGUGAAGGUGGGGAACCUUCACCACACCCCACUUGGCACACGGUCGACGACCGGUUCUUCUGGAACAAGCACAUGCUCAGGGAUAUCAUUCAGCUCAAUAACCCGUUGGCCGACUACUGGAUUCUUCCAAUUAUUCAGGGCUUUGUGCAGAUUGAAACAUGUCAACUGGAGGUUGGCUUCGACCCCUACCACAUAUCCAUGUACGCACCCAAGUACGAGACGCUGACGAUAUCGUUGGUGAGCCGACGCAGUAGACACCGGGCGGGCACUCGCUACAAGCGACGCGGCCUGGACGAGGCGGGGCGAUGCGCCAACUAUGUGGAGACAGAGCAGCUGGUCUGGUUCGGUCACCAUUCCACCGCCUUCACGCAGGUGCGCGGCUCCGUGCCCGUCUACUGGUCGCAACCUGGCUACAAAUAUCGGCCGCCGCCUAGGAUCGACAAAGGUGAAGCAGAGACGAGGCUUGCGUUCGCCAAACACUUUGAGGACGAGACAGCCUGCUACGGUCCCGUCUGCAUUGUGAACCUAGUCGAGCAGGCGGGCAAGGAGCGAGUCAUAUGGGACGCAUACACUCAGCAUGUGUUACACCUCAACAGUCCACAGCUGCUCUAUGCCACAUUCGACUUCCACGAGUACUGUCGCGGUAUGCACUUUGAGAACGUGUCAGUGCUGGUGAGUGAGCUGAGUCAGGUGCUGCACGACUUUGGCUUUUGCUGGCUCGACCGCCAGGGCAUCAUCUGUCGGCAAACAGGUGUCUUCCGCACCAACUGCAUCGACUGUCUUGACCGCACCAACGUUGUACAGACGGCGCUGGCGAAAGCGAUGCUGCAGAUGCAGCUGACGAAGCUUGGACUUGUGCCUCCUGAAGGCAGUCUCCCCGCCCCGCUACGUCGUGCCUUCCAGCUGCUCUGGGCCAACAACGGGGAUAUCAUCAGCAAACAGUAUGCCGGCACUAAUGCCCUUAAGGGUGACUACACAAGAACAGGCGAAAGAAAACUAUCUGGGAUGAUGAAGGACGGAAUGAACUCAGCUAAUCGCUACUGGAGAGUUCACGUGCGUGACGACUACCGUCAGGCUGCCAUCAGCCUGAUGCUAAACAGCUGUCCGGAGGCUGAUGCAGGCCUGCUGAACAGUGUGACUGCUGAUGCAGCCGACCUACUGCGUGAGACUUGUGCCUCUGGCCAGCGCCAACUCCUCCUCCAUCCCUCCUCCGAUCACCUCUCCUCCGAGCUGCGGCUGGCCUAUGGUCUCUUCACUGCGACCAGAUAUUAUCUGAGUCGAUUCAAGGAUGUCUAUCGACAGGCAACCAUCGAUAUAAUGCAAGGUGGAGGUGUGAGCGAAGAGUUGGCAUCACUGUCUCUGGAUGACAGACAGAGACAGGAACAGGAGGAAGACAGUGUGGCCACAGCCGAGCAUGUCAAGCUGCUAAUUGAAGACUGCAAGCGCAUGCUAAUCAGCGAUUCUGCCAUGGUGCUGGGGGCCUGGGGCCUCAUUGAUGCUGAUCCACAAACUGGAGAUCCAUCAGAAACGGACAUGGAUACCAUACUCAUUCUGACCCGAGACUCCUACUAUGUAGCUGAUUACGAUGAGGACAUAGACCAGAUCACCAAAUACUACAAGGUGAUGCUGACUGAUGUGGAGUCCGUGGAGCUGGGACCCAUGCACAUAGCAACCUCUCAGUCUCUCUCUAUCAGCAUUUUUAAUAAGGCCAGAGGGGAAGAGCACGAUGUUCACUGUUUGCGGAUAAACUACACGGUGGAUGGCGACUCGGGCUAUUGCCACACCUUCCGAUCCACCAACCUCAGGUUCUUCAACAACGUGGCCGUAGUCAUUCACAACGACGACGAGAUGAUUGAGUCACUGCGCGCCAUCUGCGAAACGCUGGAAGUGGGACUGCAAAUAGCGGGCAUGGGCGAUGUAGUUCCGGUGGCAGCCUCCAGAGAGCGCCUCGAGCGCCGAGUGUCAAAGCAACGCUGUGACGUCACCAACGCCGCCAUCACACGCAAUGUGUCCGAAACUCAGCUACACUCGCUCAAAAAUGUCGGCUCAAAGGCAUUAUCAAAUGUAACGCAGCAGUUCAAUAAGCUGAAUAAACUGGGUCACAGCUUCAACACACGGAGGAGACACUCGAAAACGUCGGUUGAAACGUCGCUCAAACCAAGCGGUGGAGUCGAUAUUCAGCAACAACAGCAGCUGCCAAUAGAAACGGCGAUGAUAGCCAGCGAGUGGCAGGAACACGAGCAGGAUGGCCUCGUUCUGGGAGAGGCAGCAGGUUCGGGCACCGGUGCAGUGCACCGCAAGUCCACCGAGUACUUUACGCCGGGCGCCGGCAUCAUUAUGAGUUCCACCGAUAUUGGCCAGUCGCUGCCUGCUCAGAACCACCUUAUAAGACAGUUGCAGGAUAAUAUUACCCACGAAUCGCUGGAACGGGUGAUCGACGCUGGCAGUCGCAAAUAUCCACUACUGCACGCCAACACAGAGGCGAACAUCGACGUCAGCAAACUGCCAGCUGUGACGUCAUCCGGCGGACAUCCCCCGCCACCCACCACGCCCGAGAUUGUCAUCACCCGUCAGCAGAGUGCGUCGCAGCACAGUCAGCAGUUUGGUCGCACAAGACAGUUUUCGCACUCGUCUGGCGAGGUUGACGACGAGACUAAACAAAGUACAGGUGCACAUCACAAGGAUGGCGGGGCGGGCAGUGGUCUGGCUAAACAUAGUACAUCGGAGAAGGACCUGGUGCUAGCCAUUAGCACGUCGCAGAGUGAGACUGCCAUCAAGUCUAUGAUGCGCUCAUCAGUGCUAUCCAGUCCGUCAGCCGUUCUGUCGUCGCCGUUCUCAAAGAUUGCGCGCGGCGUUCAGACGCUGGGCGCCAACCUGGACCCGCGCAAGCUGAAAGGAGGGGGAGGAGGUGGUGGGGGUAGCAGUAGUGGAGGGGGAACAGCUGUGACGUCAUCGGAUGCGCGCGCUGCCGAAGUGGAGCGGUUACAACAGAUGUGGAAGAACGCCAAGUGUAAGACACGGCUGAUUGCCGUCUAGUAGGGCCCUAGCACAUUAGGAGAUUUAGUUGCUGCAAACUAAGACAUAGCUGAUUGCCGUCUAGUAGGGCCCUAGCACAUUGGUUGAUUUAAUUGCUGCAGAAAAGUUGAUCAUGAAUGGAACGCAAUGAUUGUAGUCUAGUAGGACCCUAACACAUUGGUUGAUUUAGUUGCUGCAGAAAAGUUGCUGCAACAGAUGUGGUAGAGAGCCAAGUGUAAGACACGUUUGAUUGCCGUCUAGUAGGGCCCUAGCACAUUAGGUGAUUUAGUUGCUGCAAACUAAGACACGGCUUAUUGCCGUCUAGUAGGGCCCUAGUACAUUGGGUAAUUUAGUUGGUGCAACAGAUCUGGUAGAGAGCCAAGUGUAAGACACGGCUUAUUGCCGUCUAGUAGGGCCCUAGCACAUUGGAUGAUUUACUUGCGGCGGAAAAUUUGGUGACUAAUAGAACACAAGCGGGGUAAAAGAAAGGAGACGGGGCCGCGCUACCUGUGCACUGGGCUAUUGUUCCAAAAAGGUGCAUCCUCUAACUCUCGACUAGCAUACUUUAUUGUCCUCUGAUUCCGCUUCAUUACUCUCAUUAGUGGCCCCGUGUGCUUUCUUGAAGGCAAUUCUAGCUGGUAGCACCAACUUAACAAUUACUUUGCAUCUUACAUCUGUUACUUGUAUUUUAUGCAAUUAUUGAAUGUAAAUCAGUGAUCAAAUACUUGUAAUUAUUGUAUUAUUCCCAAUGGUUCAUUUGAUGAAACUCAACUUGCUCACAAACUGUAUACAGACUAACUAACUUGAGUUACAUACUAUUCGAUACUUAUUGAACGUACGAUUUAUUGGCGUUCUUUCAAAUUCUAUUAGAUUGAACACAACUUGUCAAACAUAUUAUGUGUAUCAUGUGUUUGUCAAGUCCCAUUCAAUCUCGUAGAAUUUAUAAGUACAGCUAACAAAUGUACGUCCAAAAAUCGAUGUGGGCUUUACUUACACACCACGUACGUUUGACUAAAUUUGUACUUAUCAUUGAUAGUUAUGUGUGUGUUUAUCCAAUCACUGUAUGCUACUACUGGUUUACAGCUGAAAGUGCCUUCAAGUAACCACACUGGUCCACCAAUAUAUUGCUCGGAGUGGAAACCUUAACAAUAGACCACGAAAAUGUCGAAAUUCAAAAACAAUAGGUGACCACUGAAGGGUCUCUAGAACUUCUAUCUGUCCAUCCAUUGUUUUCGGCGGCCCAGUCUCAUUUCUUUAAUCCCACAAGCGUUGCCUAUCUACCUGACACACUUGGAACCGAGAUUGUUCUAUUUUAAGGUGAAAAAGAAACACAAUAUAAAUUAUCCCUUUAUUCUAUUACUACAAAACUAGUUUCAUCUCUUCAAGAACCAUUUCAAGUGUGAGAAAAGUUUAAACUAAGACUUCUUGAAAAGUUGAAACUAGUUGUGUUACAAUAAUAUAAAGGGUACGUGAUAAUUUUCGUUGCGUUCCACUAAUCAGUAGCCCUAAAAAAGUGAAAAACGAAUUUGUCAGUUCCACAUGUGAUGUACUCGAGCCAAACUAUUUUCAACGCACUCCGGGUAUUUUCGGUGGUCUUUUGGAUAUAAGCUUGAGGAAAAUGGAAGGAAGUUAGUCCUAAAUCAGAGCUUAGAUUUUGAGCUAAAACCAUUUUGUCCAGUCCAACACAAAGGGCCAUCGGAGAUAUCAUUUCAAUUUUUUUAAAUUCAAAUUCAUUUAUUGCCAAAAGGAAAACAAACCAUUCACUCAUACACAUACAUAAAUGUGCAAAAAUAGAAAUAAAAUGUACAUAAUACAAUUACACAUACAUGCAUAUACACAUGAGAGAAGAAAAACUGAACUGAUUAUAAUAUUUCUAGGCAUCACCAACAAAAGGUAACUCUUUUCCCGCUGGUGAGAGUUGCUUAAAAAAUCCUUAAAAUAACUAAAAAUUGAAACGAAUAGGCUUUGUAACAAAAGUAGAGACACAAAAUAUACUGUAAAAAUGAAAUGUGGCAUGUUAUUUAAAUGUGGUAAUGAUGAGUACUUUGUUUGAGUAAAUAAAUAACAUUAUGCCUUAGUGCAAUGAAACUAAUUUGGCUUGAAUUUAUUAGAUGUGGGACUGAUAUCAUCUUUUUUAUUUCACCUUGAUAUGGAGAACAGAAAUUCCAUAUCUGUGUCUACUGUAAAUUGUUAUUUUUAGUACGGUAGCUGUAGUGAAGUAUGAAUAACUCAAUUACCCACAGAUUUCUCCCCGUGUGGCCAGGGGCCUGUUUCAUAAAAAUUUAGAAGUCCUGUAAUACAGGAACAGCUGAUUUUAUCGGCUAUAUUGAGCAUGUAAUUGGAGUGGUGAUUCUCCUGUAUUACAGGACUUGUAAUUUUUAUGAAACAGGCCCCUGGUCAUUGAAAUCCAGUGAGACAAAAAAUAGAAUGCCAUAUCAUUCUGAAAAAAUCAAAUAUCUUUGGUUUAAUGUGCAAAAAAUGUUGAUUUUGCACUAUUAUUGUCGGAGUCUACUUGAAGCUGCAUCGAGUAGCAGCUCGAUUCUGGGCGAUACCUCCGUAAACAAAGCCGUAGUGCAUUCGUGUGACGUCAGCUCAGGUAGGGCUCGUACACAAAUAAAAAUUCGUUGAUUUCAGCUGAUCUAUAUCAACUAGUGUUUUUGUUGGUGUAGGAGCACUACCUGUGCUGAUGUCACCAGAAUGUACUAUGGCUUUGUCUACGGAGGUAGUGAAACAUUGAAACAUUUAGGGCGGCACCUUAUAAUUUCUUUGGUAAACGAUACUUUCCUUACCUAUGGUAGUAGGUAGGGCAAGGAAAGUAAAAAUCGCUUCAUUGUAGCGCUAAGAUAGGAACGCUUGUGUUGUAUUCCUCACCAACUAAGAUGUUCGCUGUAAAAGUUGCUAGUGUGCUAGACCUUUAUUUUUCCUCCACUUGCUACCAUUGGUUUUAUAUACAAUAUUUCUAGUUCUAUCAAUUGUAUCAAUAUUUUUCCUCCACUGACAACCAUAAAGAAAAAUUUGGAAAUUCUUUAUUCUUGCUUCAAAGUUGGGAUGUGGAUAAGCCUAACAAGUGGAACAAUACAAUAAUUAUUCGACUGAGUCAUUGUCAAUAUUGUAGAACCGUUCCAUAAUUGAAUAAAAACACACAUAUGUUGUCAAAUUCUACAUAGUUUUAUUCGGUACACGACCAUGGUUUCUU